AUGUCUCUUCUCACUGGGAAAGAACAUACGACACCAUCUACGGUUCAUGUCACCGAAGUUGCCGGAAAUGAACGCCAUUCCACCGACGGAGACAGUCUAACGAGCGACAAUGCGGCGUUGGCAGCUCUCGGGUACAAGCAGGAGUUCAAACGGGCGUUCAAUCCUAUCGAGGUCUUCGGGCUCGGCUUCAGCAUUAUCGGGUUGUUCCCAUCCAUCGCGUCUGUCUUAGUCUUCGCUAUUCCCAACGGUGGACCCGUGGCCUUAGUGUGGGGAUGGGCACUGUGCUCGUUCUUCCUCAUGUUUGUGGGUCUUGCUCUAGCCGAGUUGGGGUCGUCAGCGCCGACUUCUGGUGGCCUGUACUACUGGACGUGGUGCUUUGCCACCCCGAAAUGGCGUAAAGUGCUCUCGUGGGUUGUUGGGUAUUCGAAUUCAAUGGGGCUCAUAGCCGGACUCGCUUCUAUCGAUUGGGGUUGCGCGGUGCAACUCAUGGCCGCUGUGUCUAUAGGCACGAAUGAAAGCUUCAUUCCCACUACGGGGCAGACGUUUGCCGUAUACGUGGCGCUGCUAAUCUGUCACGGCGUGGUUGCUUCUCUUGCGACGUCAGUGAUCGCUCGGCUCCAGGGAAUCUAUGUCGUUCUCAAUAUCCUGCUUUGCUUCGCAAUCAUUGUCGCACUGCCUAUAGCUACUCCUCAUGAGUUCAAGAACUCGGCUUCCUACGCCUUUGGCGGGUUCGCAAAUUUCAACGGUUGGCCAAACGGCUUCGCUUUCGUGCUUAGCUUCCUUGCACCCUUGUGGACUAUCGGCGGAUUUGAUGCAUCCGUUCAUAUCAGCGAGGAGGCCUCCAACGCCCGCACCGCCGUUCCAUGGGCGAUCAUCAGUGCGGUAGGUAUCGCCGGCAUACUUGGCUGGGCCAUCAACGUUGUUAUCGCGUUCUGCAUGGGCACGGAUUUGGAGAGCAUUAUGGAGAACCCCAUAGGACAGCCGAUGGCUACCAUUCUAUUCAACAGUUUCGGGCGUAGCGGUACGCUGGCGAUUUGGUCCAUUGUUGUCUUCGUCCAGUUUCUCAUGGGCUCAAGCAUCCUAACCGCCGCGUCGAGACAAACCUUCGCCUUCGCGCGGGAUGGCGCGCUCCCAUUCUCCCGGUUCAUAAGCCGUGUUAACAAGCGUACGCUCACCCCAGUCAAUGCGGUGUGGGCCUCCGCACUCGUCGCUCUUCUGCUCGGACUCCUCGUCUUUGCUGGCCCUACCGCAUACACGUCGAUUUUCAGCCUCGGCAUUGCAGGGCAGUACACCGCGUAUUGCAUUCCAAUCCUCAGCCGGUUUCUCGGAGGGCGAGAGUGGGUACCAGGUCCAUUCACGUUAGGCCGAUUCGGUCUUCCAGUGGCCGUCGUUGCGGUGUGCUGGAUGAUCUUCUCGGUAGUCAUGCUGGCAUUCCCCACUGCGCCCGGACCGACGGCGAACGAGAUGAACUACAUGAUCGUCGUCUUCGGGGGAUGGAUCGCACUGUGUCUCGUAUACUACUACUUCCCCGUGUACAGAGGCGCACAGUGGUUCAACGGCCCCCAGACGACCCUGGGACACGCAGGUCUGGCACCGUCGGAGACGACGGGGUCUACAAACGCCAUGGAUGACAAACAGACUGUUCAAGUCGCCAUAGAAUGUACUCAUUCUUUGAACGCGGCGAUCGCCCACGCGGUGUAA